GACUUAUCUGCACACGCAGCCUUCAGCAACAAGAUGUCGGGAAAGAACGUCAUUCGUGCAUCUGUUGUACAGACAUGCUCGGCGCAGUACUCUCUAUCUGCUACGCUCGACAAGCUUGACCAUUUCACGCGUCAGGCUGCGCAGGAGGGUUCGCAGCUUGCGGUGUUUCCUGAGGCUUUUAUAGGUGGUUAUCCAAAGUUCAGCUCAUUCGGCGCUUGCGUCGGCGACCGCACCCCUGAGGGCAGAGACGAAUUCCUGAGGUACUACAACGCUGCGAUAGAGGUUCCCAGCUCAGAUGCCGUGGCGCGGAUGGAAGCUGUCAGCCGGGAGACCAGUGUCUUUCUAGUAGUAGGAGCGAUUGAACGGGACUUGGGCACACUCUACUGCACGGCAAUCUUUGUGGACCCCAUCCAGGGUUAUAUUGCCAAGCAUCGCAAACUGGUACCUACUGCGAUGGAAAGGAUUAUCUGGGGGCAAGGAGAUGAGACGACUCUACCGGUGUAUCAGGCUACAUUCAACCCGAGAGGUGAAGGACACGCUGUGAAAGCCAAAGUAUCAGCUACUAUCUGCUGGGAGAACUAUAUGCCUUUGCUUCGCACAUUCUAUUACUCCCAGGGAACCCAGAUCUACUGUGCACCAACGGUCGACGGCCGUCCUGUCUGGCAGCACACAGUUCACCACAUUGCUCUCGAAGGACGCUGCUUUGUUCUCUCAGCGUGUCAAUACGCUGAAGAAAAGGAUUACCCUGAAGGACAUGCUGUUGCCAACGCAAACGAUCGGGUUGGGUCCAAUGUGAUGAUUGCAGGAGGCAGUGUUAUUGUUAGCCCCCUUGGAACGACCUUGGCGGGUCCAUUGCUGGGACAGGAAGGCGUUCUCACUGCCGACCUAGACAUGGACGACAUCCCCCGUGGCAAGUUCGAUCUCGAUGUUACUGGACAUUACUCUAGAUCAGACGUCUUCGGUUUCAAGCUGUUGAAGCGGGAUGAUUAGGAUAUAUCAUGUAAAACUAAACGCACUACCAAACAAAAGGUGGCCACAGAAAACUCGAGUGUUUUGUGAGCAAUGUCUCAUCACUAAAGCGCGCCCUUUGUAAAGUGGUGGCCUUUGUACGACCAGGCCACAGACACAUAGAUGCUUCUUUUUGCAAGGCUGAUGUCACUUUAAGAGGUGACACCCUACUUGUGAUAUUGUUUACCAUCUCCACUCC